GCUGCCAAUACCCCUCACACCACCAGCCCCGUCCCCAUCCCAGGGGUGGCGUCUGUGGGACCCUGGUGGCCAGGAGGGGCCCGUGGCCCCCGAGGACGGGCGCGUGUGUGCGGAUGAGUCGCUGCGCUUCUGUCGGUCUGUGGGCGCGCAGGACGGCGGCGGCCUCCGCCCGUGUCCCGGGAACGCAGUGCCGGCGCGGGACCUGCGCCCCCGAGCAGCGCGGGCGCUCCGCGAAGUAAAGCUGGGGAGACGACUGAGGCGGUUCUUUAACGUACCACCAUUGCCCCGGAGCCAACCUCGGACCCCGGCCUUGUAGUGCCUCUGAGUCCCACCCCUGCCACGCCCGCGAACCAGCUCGUGCGGGUGCGGAAUGCUCGCAGGUGACGCUCAGGAAAGGGCUUUGGGCGAACCCGUCAGCACACACACGCCUGCACACCCAGCGGAUGCAGAGGCCAGCCUCCAGAGCCACGCCCUGCCUGUAGAUUAAGAGUGUAUACUUACCUGCGAUCCUGUAUUGAAUUGCCAUUUGAAGUUGAACAUGGCAGAAGAAGAGGACUAUAUGUCUGAUUCCUUCAUUAAUGUCCAGGAAGACAUCAGGCCAGGAUUGCCUAUGCUGAGGCAAAUUCGAGAAGCUCGUCGAAAAGAAGAAAAGCAACAGGAAGCUAAUUUGAAAAAUAGACAGAAGAGUUUAAAAGAAGAAGAACAAGAAAGACGUACCCUUGGGCUGAAGAGUGCACUAGGCUGUGAAAACAAAGGGUUUGCCUUGCUCCAGAAGAUGGGAUAUAAAAGUGGUCAGGCUCUUGGCAAAAGUGGCGAUGGUAUUGUUGAACCAAUUCCUCUCCAUGUCAAAACAGGGAAAAGUGGCAUUGGUCAUGAGGCAUUAUUAAAACGGAAAGCAGAGGAAAAAUUAGAACACUACAGAAGAAAGAUUCACAUGAAAAACCAAGCUGAAGAAAAAGCUGAAGAACAGUUUCGAAAGCGACUUAAAAAUAAGCAGGAUGAGAUGAAACUAGAAGGAGAUCUUAAAAGAAGCCAGCGCGCCUGUCAACAGUUGGAUAGCCAGAAGAAUAUUGAGGUUCCCAGGGAAGCAUGGUACUGGUUGAGACCUGAAGAGGAGACCGACGAAGAGGAAGAGGAAGAAGAACAGGAUGAAGAUGAAUAUAGGAGUGAAGAUUUAAGUGUUCUGGAAAAACUACAAAUAUUGACUAGUUAUUUAAGAGAAGAACAUCUGUAUUGCAUUUGGUGUGGAACAGCCUAUGAAGAUAAAGAAGACCUCUCUGCAAAUUGCCCAGGACCAACUUCUGCUGAUCAUGACUAAGACUGUUGCCAAUAAAGUAGAAGUUGCAAUGUCAGAAAGGACAGAGGGCCUCCCUGUUAUGCUUGUGCCUCUUGUAACUAUAAUUUUAAAUGUUCAGUGGCUUGAGAAGAAGAAUACAAUAUUAUUUCAGAACACAGGUGUCAUGGACUUGGACAGUUACAGUUUAUUAUGUUAUUCCUAGUAAAAUGAUGUAUCUUAA